AUGACCUCAGAUUUCGAGGCAAUAGGCCCUCACCCCGAAGAGAAACAGCCCGAGAGAGACCAAAGUACCGUGGAAGGAGUGCAGAAGGCAGAGGUCCUCCCUUACCUCGAAGAUGCCUUCGGGAACGAAGAGCAUGCAGAGGUUAAGUACAAGGUUCUGAAGUGGUGGCAAUGCUCGCUCCUGAUGAUUGCAGAGACCAUCUCUCUGGGGGUCCUUGCUCUGCCCGCCGCCAUUGCCGGGGUAGGGUUAGCUCCUGCCAUCGUGAUCUUACUCGGUUUGGGGGCUGUCUCAACUUACACAGGCUAUGUGAUCGGGCAGCUCAAAUGGCGUUACCCCCAUGUUUCCAGCGCGGCCGACGCCGGUCAGUUGUUGAUGGGUCGGCUGGGUCGAGAGUUGUUGUUUUGGACAAAUAUGAUUUACCUCAUCUUUAUCAUGGCCAGCCAUCUGUUGACGUUCACCGUGGCCCUGAACACAGUUACGAAGCAUGCCACAUGCUCCAUCGUGUUCGGCGUCGUCGGCCUGAUCAUUUCUUUCUUGCUGGCAUUGCCCCGGACUCUAGACCGAAUGUCAUGGCUUUCGCUCGUCUCAUUCGCCAGUAUCAUUGCAGCAGUCUUCAUUACCAUGAUCGCCGUUGGGGUUCAGAACCCGGCCAGACACAUCACACCAACGACCGAAACAAAUCUCGUGACUGCUUUCACAUCCACGGCGAAUAUUGUCUUCUCAUACUCUAGCCAUAACACCUUCUAUACGAUCAUCGCUGAGCUCCGAGACCCACGAGACUUUCCUAAGUCAUUGGCCUUGCUGCAGAGCGUUGAUGUGACGGUCUAUCUCGUCGCUGCAGUAGUUAUCUACUGCUACACCGGAGACGAAGUAGCUUCCCCGGCGUUAGGAAAUGCUGGAAAACUCAUUUCCCGUAUCGCCUAUGGCGUUGCCCUUCCCACGAUUAUUAUUGCCGGGGUGAUCAUGGGACACAUUGCCUGCAAGUCUAUUUACGUCCGCAUCUUUGCGGGCACAGAUCGAAUGCAUAAACGAGACCUGGUUGCCGUUGGGUCCUGGAUUGCCAUCGCUUUUGGCAUCUGGGUUGCCGCUUGGAUCAUCGCCUCUGCGAUCCCCGUCUUCAACAACCUCCUCAGUUUGAUUGUUUCCCUCUUCGCAAGCUGGUACUCUUUCGGACUCCCGGGAAUCUUCUGGCUGUGGAUGAACAAAGGGCUCUGGCUCUCCUCUCCUCGAAAGAUCAGCUUGACCCUGUUGAACAUCCUCUGCAUUUGCAUUGGGGUUAUCCUCUGCGGUCUUGGACUCUAUACGUCAGGAAAAGCGAUUCACGACGACCCCCAGAGUGCGAGCUUUUCAUGUGCAAAUAACGCCGAUGCUUGA